AUGUCUGACUCAGGUGAUAACCAGGGUGUAGUGAUUGACCACACUGAUAGCGAUGAGUCGUUAAUCUUGAUGACCUCGUCUUCGCCUACUGCUCCCAACCUUGUCCAGGAGAACCCCGGUGACCUGUUCAACGCCCCCAACGGGGCUGCUCUGAUCCAUGCGUGCAACUGCCAGGGCGUCUGGGGUGCAGGCAUUGCCCGUUCAUUUCGUAAGCGGUAUCCCGCUGCCUACGAGAUCUAUCGCAAUCACUGCCUCAUUUACCUCGACCACCCAGUCACCCAUGUUAUCACCGACCUACACGGUGAGGACCCGCAGCCCUCUCUCGUUGUUCACCGUCCCCUCGGCACUGCACUCAUGAUCCCACCACAGCAGAGUGACUUCCUCCUACACCACCGUCGCCAUUGGAUCAUCUGCCUCUUUACUUCAGAGCAUUAUGGCAGCUGCGUGGAUUCGGAGGAUACGAUUGUCAAUCACACUUUUGCUGCCCUACAACACCUGAGUGGGCAGCUAUGGGGACGCCCCCAGCAGGAUUCCGAGAGCAGAAAUGAGCGACCUCAGAGACUAUACUCCAACCGCUUCUGCACUGGUUUGUUCAAAGUUCCCUGGGACCGCAUUAGAAAAUUGAUCGAUACAGUCGAUCUGCAGAUCAAUGUGUACCAUCCCUUUGAGGCCAGCAAACACCGUACUCGUCCUGUUCGCGUGGUGAGUCCCAGCGAGACCAGCCACGAUUAA